UAUUUAAAGGAACUAAUAUUAGAUUUUAUUUUAGACAAAAGAAAAAAUAAUUUCCUCAAGGCGGGAAAAUCAUAGUGUGGUGGAAGAUGGCGGGUUGGUCAUACCCAGAUGCUUCUCUGGAAGAUUUGGUGAAAAUGGUGAAAGGGUUCAUAGAUAUGGCCAUUCUCUCUUCUGGCUAUCAAUCAUCUGGUCGUCUUGCUCACUGGGAUUCACAUAACAUCAAAAAUGCGCUUCAAUGGGCUCUCUUUCUCCAGAAUGUGAUGAGGGACUUAAGUAGCUCAGAUGACUAUAAAAACUCUUUGGAGGAGCUUGAUGCAGCUUUAUGUGAAAUAAACUCUAAUCCAUAUCUCCCUCAGGGUCUAGCCCAUAUUUCUUCCAAGGAACUUAGCAAAGCGAGUGAAUUUAUGCUAGAACAUCUCAUCAGUGUCUUUCCACUGAGAGAUGAACACUUGAAAGCUUUACUUAAUGCAAGUGUUGAGAUGGAUUAUCACAUGCACCAGAAGGCAGAUAGUAGAUCUAUCAAUGACAUUUUCGAAAACUUGAUGUGUAGUACAUCUAAAAACGCUAUUCCUAAUGAGAAAAAGUUUCCAAGGGAGGAAUCUCUAAACUCAUUGCCAAAUUCUUCUCCAAGUGAACAAGCUGAUGAUUCAAUCAGAUGUGAGUUUUCUCUCUUCACUGCACAAGCGCUUGAAACGAGGCAACUAUCUGUUUCAUUGAUAUCUGCUGCAGAGACAGGGUUGAACAUUUUGUCUAGUGGCUUAAGAGAUCUGUAUGUGAGGGAGGAUGGCAAUGCUUUAGAUGUAAAAAUGAUGCAGACAACAAAUUUCAUGACUGAAGAAAGACCAAUUGAUUCUGCUGUCUGGAAUUCUUGGAAAUCAAGAAGCCUCUCAUAUUUUCUAGACAAGAGAACUAUUAGACUGGUCUCAGGUGCCAGCCUGCUGUUUUCUGCCCCUAAGAGCCAAUGGAUUCAAGUGUUUCAGAGGAUGGAUAUAUCAUCUCAACUUGAAGAGAGUUUGUGUGAAAUAGUUGAGCUCGGGUUACUAGCAUGUGUAGUGGAUAGAUGGACUUUUCUGAUUGACCGUUUGAUGUUGACCUCUUAUGAGUUUGUCACCACUUCGAGGCUAUACAAUGAGGUGCAUAACUUGGUCCAGAGAGGUUGUAGAGAGGAAACCAUCAACUCAAAGGAAAAAGGAAUUAUUGAGUACCUUGAAGUUUUCUUACACAAUCGGCUAUAUCUCUUGUGGGAACUAUCUCCAGUCCUAGCAGCAUUUGCAAUUCCUUCCUGGUCAAAUUUGUUCAGAAAAUAUCUGACAGAGCUUGACAGUCAAGUUACAGGAGACUUUUCAUUUACUAGAUCCGAUAGUAGUACUAAGGAAAGGAGGAAGUAUAGUGAAUGUGAUGUUGCUGAGAGAAUUUGGUGCCUUCAUGUUUGUCAUGUUGGUGGUUCUGAUGUAGAAUCUAGUUGAACUUGACAAUAUUUUUCUUGAAGGCAUAACUGGGUAGGGUGUAGGUCAAAAAUCUUGAUGAUGAGAAGUUCAAA